UCGGCAUGCGGAUUUAAAAGUUGGGGCACAGCGGAAAGCAGGAGAGGGAAAAAUGGGAAAGCAGAAGCAGGAAGAAGACGAAGACAAUAGAAGAGAAGCAUCCAUUGCUUCAACCCUUUCUUUGCAACCCAAUUUCAAGCCUGUCGGAGUCACUCCUCAACAGCUUUCUAAAUUCCAAGAGCUUCACCGGACGCGUUUACAAAUAAAAGCAAAAUCAAAGAUCCACAAGAAACUAAAUGGUCGAGCCGAAAGGUUUCGUGCUGAAUACAUGAAUUCCGCAGAUUCUCAGGAAUCGGAUUCAAACACCAAAGUUGAACAAGAAAGUGUUCCAAACCCAAAGAACCAUGGUGAAGAUGAUAAUCCCUUUUCACUGCAAGACAAUGAAGUUGUGCAACUUGCAACAAAAAAGCGGCAGAAACUGCAUUGGGGCCUUGAUACAAAGGAAAGAUGGGAAAGGAAAGCCAACAUGUAGACUGAAGAAACAUAAAGCUUCGGUUAGAUGAUGUUGUGCCUCUUAUGUUUCUUUAUUGAGUAAACGAAAAUGAUGUAGCCUCGGAGGAAUCGAUUACUGCAUCUUUGAGGCAUUUUCUAGUAGUAUAUUCGAGAAUUCUUAAUUGGCCGAAUGUAAAUAGCUCUAGGAUAGAAUACAAUAAAGAAA